UCUCUUACUCUCGAGAGUUUCGACUGUCAUUAUUUUUUAUUUUUUUUUUUCGGUUUACUUUAUUAGAGUCCAGUGUGUUUGUCUUCGAAUUUUCUUUUCAUUUUUUUUCGAUCAUUUUUUUUGUUGUUUUCGAUUUUUUUUUGUGUUUUUUCAAUAUUUGAAAUCAAAAAUUUGAUUCUUUUCCAAACAAUCAAUCGAUUCUGCAAUUUAAAAAAAAAAUGUCUUAUGAUUCAUUAUCGCAAUACGGUAAUUAUGUACCGCAACCACCACCACAACCACAACCGCAACAAUCAUGGCCAAAUUAUUUCAACCCGUUGUAUCAACAACCACAACAACUAUCCACGACACAUUAUUAUAAUCAAUGGUCAUCUGGUAAUCCAUCGCAUCAUCAAUAUAAUCAAGAUGUUUGGACACAUCGACCAGCAUAUCCAUUUGGAGGACCACCUUAUCCUGAACAACAAUAUUCACAUGCAAACAUUAGUCCUUGGAUCAAUCAGAACAUUCCAUCGCAUAGUGAUAGUGUACAAUUUCAUCAAUUACAACAACAUGAUUAUCAUAAACAAAAUAACAAACGACAACGUUCGAAUGAUGAUAAUAAUAAUGAACAAAUCAAAAAAUAUUUUCAAAAUGUUUUCAAGUGCAAUUUUUGCAAAACAAUCGUAAAAACUGUUGAUGAUGCAACCGUUCAUUUGACAGAUUAUCAUAAAAUAGAACAAACAACUAUUGAUAAUUUUGAUAAUGAUAUUCAAUCAAUUUUGCAAGAUUGUAAUGAUGAUUCAUUAACAUCAUCCCAAUUUCAUUUUCUUCGUGGUGAUAGUGAUGGUGAUCGCUAUGAUGAACGCUUUAACAAUAGUUUAUCAUCAUGGUUUAUUGAAUCCGAAAAUGAAUUGGAUAAUACAAUCGAAUCACCAUUAAUUAAUGAAUCAUCGGAUGUGGAAAUAGUAGAAGAAACAAUUGUUGAUGUAAAUGAAACGAUUGAUGACCAAUCUAAAACUGAAACUACAUUCACGAAUGAUGAUAAAGAUAAAACGGAAGAAAAAUCAUUAACGACAACUAUUGUCGAAUCCAAAUUGGAUGAAGAUUUUUUCAAUGAAUAUGAUCAGAAUAUUGAAAAUGAAAAAUCGGAUGAUUUAUUCGAAACAACGAUCAAUUCGAAAACAACAACAAAUGAUCCUAAUAUCGAAAAUAAUGAUCCAAAAACUAUCGAAAAUUUUCCAAACGACGAAACAUUACCAUCAUCAUCAUCAUCGAUUAUUGAAUCAUCCGAAGUGGAAAUAGUAGAAGAAACAAUUGUUGAUGACCAUCAAUCAGCAGAAACUAUAUUUACAUUGACGAAUGAUAAUGAUGAUGAAGAUAAAACGAAAAAAAAACUAACGACUACUAUUGUCGAAUCAAUAGUUGAUGAAGACAGUGCUGGUAAUGAUGAUAAAAUAACUAACGGAAAUCAACUAUUUAAAUGUCCAGAAUGCCCUGCAACAUUCACAAAACUUUGGUUUUUAAAACGUCAUUCUUCUUCUCAUUCAAAUAAGCGUCCGUAUCAUUGCGACCAAUGCGAUGCAAGAUUUAAAUUUCGUUAUAGUUUAAAACGUCAUUCUAACAUACAUAAUAAUCAGCGUCCAUAUAAAUGCUCAGUUUGCAAUGCGGCAUUUGGACGUAGUGAUCAUUUAAAAAAUCAUCAACAAAGACAUUCAGAUCAAAGACCACACAUUUGUCAACAAUGCAAUGCAGGAUUUAAAACUAAGGGCGAUUUAAAAGAUCAUUCUUUCUGCCACUCAAAUAAACUUCCGUUUCACUGUGACCAUUGCGAUAAAAAAUUUAAAAGUCGUAAAAUUUUGAGAAGUCAUCAACAAAGGCAUUCUGAAAAAAAACCAUUCAAUUGCCAAGAAUGCAAUGCAGAAUUUAAAACUAGUGCUGAAUUGAAAAAACAUUCUAUUCUGCACUCAGAUCAGCGACCAUUCAAGUGCUCAAUUUGCGAUGCCACAUUUAAACAUCGUGAUAGUUUUAGAAUUCAUCAACAAAGGCAUUCUAAUAAAAGACCACACAUUUGUCUACAGGGCGUUUGA